AUGAAAGAAAUACUAAAUACUUUUAAAGAACCAGAAAAAUAUUGUGGAUAUAUAAUAGCGGCUUUGGCAGUUUAUAUUUUCACCUGUGUAUUAUUCAUCUAUGGAGCUUAUACGCUAAAUAAUAUCCUUCUGGCACCAUAUAUUUUACUAGAAUGUUUGAGACUCAUUGCUUUAACCACUCUAGUCAUCACUGUGCUGUUAAUCCUCAAACAAAAUACCAUGGACAUUGGCCUUUUGAUAGGAGUCAGCGUAGCAGCUGGUUUUACUUUACUCGGAUUGUUCUACCUAUGGGUUUGUACCGCGAAUUUGCCAAUUCUAAAAAAAGAGAUGGAGCAAGACGAACAAAUGUUUCUCAUUGAUGCAUUAAAAGGUCUAGUAGGUCAAGCAAACGAUCGAUAUUAUUGGUCUAUUCAUAGGAAUACUCAAUUUCAAAAUAAUGUUGUGGAUACAAUGCCAUAUUAUCGUCAAAAAAAUGUUUUCGUCGUACCUAGAAAAUGGAUGAUUCCUGUUUCCGAAACAUAAAUGUAGAUAUAAGUUAAGAAUAAAGUUUCUUGGCGAAAGGCACUGAGAUGUCGUAGAACAAAUAAAGUUGAUUAUAAAACCAUAAACACUUCUAAAUGAAAGCAAUUGUUUUCCUUGAAAAUCCUCUUUAUUCCAAAAUAUAAAAAAUAAAAACAUUUUUUUUUUCAAAAUUGAAAUCUUGAAAAACAAUUCAACUUCUGCCGAAAGAAAGGUCUGUGUAAAAUAAAAUAGUUUCACUGGUUUUCAGAUAAAUUCACUAAAUACACCGAAACUAUAAGCAUUCUUUUGCUACACGUAUACACGGACGAGAAAAAAAAUAAGGACCUCGU